AUGAUUACAAUUUUAGUCACUGUUGCAUCCUUCUUCUCUCCCUUUUCAAUCAGUAGCUAUUUUCCUGCUAUGAUCUUGAUUGAAAAAGAUCUCCAUAUCUCUUCACAGCAAAUGUAUUUCACUAUUACGGUGUACAUGAUCUUUCAAGCCAUUGCACCUUCGUUUUGGAGUCAUUGGGCCGAUAGUCAUGGUCGUCGUCCCGUAUACCUUAUUACUCUACUUCUUUACAUUCUCUCCAAUAUUGGUCUAGCAAAAGCAGAUAGUUACGCCAUGCUUCUUUGUUUCCGUAUUCUACAAGCUUUUGGAGCAAGUUCCGUGAUUGGUAUAGGUGCUGGUACGAUUGCGGAUAUCACUACUCCUGAAGAACGUGGAAGUUAUCAAGGUUGGUAUUCUCUUGGUUUCACUCUUGGACCUGCAAUUGGACCUGCAAUGGGUGGAUUGAUUUCAAGGUAUCUUGGUUGGCGUUGUAUCUUCUGGUCUUUGAGCAUUAGUUGCAUGCUUCAUUGGUUAUUACUGGUUUUCUUUUUACCUGAAACAUUACGUACACGUGUUGGCGAUGGAUCUGGUUAUGCAAAUCCCACACCAGUACAGUGGUGGCGAUAUCGUCGACAGAAACAGGAACGCUAUCAACAAGAGGUCAAGGUGGAAUUGGAUAUGGAUAAGAAAAAGGAUACAGUGACAGGGACGUGUACAUUAUUCUUCGACAGGAUGGAUGAUAGUGAUACUUUCUCAAGACCCUUAUGGAAAAGAUGCCUGGAUAUAUUCUUUGAACCGUUAUCUUACAUCAAAUACAACGAUGUGCUAAUGCUUGUGUUCUUUUAUGCACUUCAGUACGCAGCGAACUAUACAGUGAUCACGAUGAUUCCACCAAUACUUAGCGACAAUGGAUACAACCUCGAUACAUGGACCAUUGGGUUGACUUAUCUAGCGAACGGAUGUGGGUGUCUCAUUGGAUCCAUAUUACAAGGCUACAUAUUGAAUUAUGACUAUUAUCGAUACAACAAAACCAAUACUUCAUCACUGCCCAUCUCACCAAAUUCCUUACCAGAAACAGUAACAGAAACAUCCUAUCCAUUUUUAGAGCGUGCAAGAUUACAUUGGGUGUGGCCGAACGCACUGAUAUUCAACGUUGUUUUGGUAGUCUACGGUUGGUGUGUCGAUGUUCGUACGCCUCUUCCUUUCCUUUUGACAGCACAAGUGAUCAUGGGAUUCACAUCACAAAGUGUAUUCAAUUCAAUUCAAACAUUACUGAUUGAUCUAUUUCCACAAAGAACUGCCUCUAUCAAUGCAUGUAACAACAUAUUUCGAUGUUUUAUUGGUGCUUCUGCAACAUUGAUGAUAGAUCCAACAACAAGGAUAUUAGGUUAUGGAUGGACUUAUACAAUGGUAUCAGGUAUUUUAUUUGGUUCUCGGUUAUUUCUUCUUGUGGAAAUGAAAUAUGGUCCUCGAUGGCGACAAGACAGAAAUCAUCAAGCUUUGAUAUCUAAUGACGAGAUGAAAAAACAAUUCCAGUAAACAACGAGAGGAAAGGAUCUCAAUCAUCUACUUUAUCUCCAUAGUUUAGCAAGUUCUUUGUUGGUUAAAUUGAUUUGAAGAAUAAAAAAAAAAUAAAUGAUUUCUUUUAUAAUCAGU